AUGCCACUCAUCCUCAUAUCCGGCUACCCCAAAAGCGGCAAAACUUUCAGGUCCCACCAACUUAUCGACUCCUUCACCCAAAAGAUCUCCACUUCCUCAGAGCCCAGAAUCAAACGCCUCAAAAUCGUGCACAUCGACGACACGUCCCUAGGACUAUCCCGCGAUGUCUACGCCACAGCCCGCCCUGAAAAGGACGCACGCGCAACCUUCUCGUCCGCCAUCAAGCGCGUCCUAGAUCGAGACACGCUGGUCAUAGCCGACGGCAUGAAUUACAUCAAAGGCUUCCGCUACCAGCUCUACUGCGAGGCGAAAGCGGUGCAAACCACCAAUUGCGUGGUGCAUGUAGGCACGCAGCCGGAGCAGUGUCGGAAAUUCAACGACGAGGCCGAUGAAAGUAGUCGCUACGUCCCUGAAGUUUUCGAGAACUUGGUCUUUCGCUACGAGGAACCUAAUGGAAUGAGUCGAUGGGACGCACCACUCUUUGCAAUUCCCUUUGAGGAUGCCGAGUCUCCUUAUGAUGCGAUCUGGGAGGCGUUGAUUGGGAGUGACGGGAAAGCAAAAGUAGUGAGGCCUAACGCUGCGACUGUUGUGAAGCCGGCCGCGGAGCAAAACUAUCUCUACGAGCUGGACAGGACGACGUCAGAUGUAGUUGGAAUCAUCACGGCAUGGCAGCAAGACCAUCCGGGCGAAGGUGGUGGGGAGUUGAAAGUGGCGGACUCGGAGCAGGUGAUUGCCUUACCUAUCGCGGCGCCGAGUCUACCGCAGUUGCAGAGGCUGAGACGACAGUUCAUUGGGUUGAAUCGACAGCAUACUCUGAGCAAGAAUCGCGUGCGCGAUCUCUUCAUAGACUAUCUGAACGAUGCAUUUCAAAGCUAG